UAGUGAUUCAAUACAUUAAUGUCGUAAGUGUAUUUAUGAAAAUAAAUUUAUAUUUAAAAAAUACCUGAAUAAAUAUCUCUAUUAGUCCUGAUAUUCCUACAUCUUGUUUAAGGGCCAUUAGAUAGUUUUGUAAUGCUCAUCUUUGUUUUAUCUCGACAUUUUAGCUUUAUUUCUUUCCCUUUUAUUUUUUUCUCGAGGCGGACUGUCUAUAACUGGGCUCUAUGCAAUAUAUACAGCUUGUAUACACUGCUUAAAAUAACAAUAAUAACGUCAAUAAUCCAUGCGUUUAUUCGUUAAAAGUGCAUCUCCAUUAGCAGUCCAUGAAACGCCGGUGGGGCAAAUGUCUCAGGUUCAGUCUGAUAAGGCUUUUGGUCUUAGUGGGUUUGUUGGUGGGCAUUAAGCCCUCUGAGGGAUUAUCUCUCUCUUUCAUGCUGAACUGAGCGUAAUUCGACCGGCUGGCUUUCCACGUUUAAAUGUGAUAAAGUUUCGAUGUAUUUCUGCCACCUGCAUAUCUACCAGUCAAGGCCUUCUUCAGCAGAAGUUGUGCUCAUCCACCACAGCGGGAAAACAAAGCGUCCCCGAGCCGUUUCCGUCGUUAUGGAGACCAACUUUGUAUACGGAAAUAGUGAUACUCCCCAAGCUAACAACUUGGUGAAAAAUUAAUGCUUUUUGUCAGUUCAUUUUGCUCGUUCACGCAUUUGCCUUUUGUGGCUGAAAAGUUCGAACUGAAUAAGAGACUGCGGCUCAGCCUAAUGGAAAUAUGGACUCUAGGAGUGGGAUGAUUUUAAGCAGUGUACUGUUUCAUAAACACAGCAACACCUUAUGCAUGCAAGAUUCAAGUGCCACAUUGCAGCUGUCGGCCGGUCUACUGCAUAAGUCGAAGCAACAGUUGCAUGCCUGUGUCUGCUAUAUUUAUCAUAUUUGCUACAUUACAGAAAUGUGUGACAUGACUGCACUGUGCCGGCUCCAUCCUGAACAAGUGUCAAAUUUCAGCAUCGUGCUGCGUCCUGUGCUUUGCUUGCCACCACAACAGUGCAGCGAGAGCAGGGGGAGUGCUGUAAAGGAAAAAGGGAGAGAAGUGGAAGGGGAGGAAAUGUCACUUUGCUUGUAUGAGUGUCUGAAAGCAGUUGGGCUGCAGCAAUAUUAUGUCAGGUUUACCUCAGUGGGUGUUUGUUCUGUAGUCCACCUUUCAGGACUGACCAUGGAGGACUAUCCCAUCCUGGGAAUCCGUUCUAUGGAGGACAGGACUCAACUCUUCCAUCUGGUCCAAAUGGUCAAAACUCUUCAACUGGAGAGCCUUGAAUGCCAUGAUGAUGAUGACUACGAUACUGAUGAUGGUGAUAAAGGCUAUGCUGUAGCAGACAGUAGCAUUACUUUUGAUGGUUGUGGAGACCCUGCUGGAGAUGUAUAUGAUGAUGAGGAUGAGAAGGGUGCUGCAGUGAGUGAGCUUAAUGCAGACAGUUUUUCCAAACCAUCACAUGUUCGCAGGCGGCUUGAUUUCAGUUGCGAAAAUAUUGAUCACCAGAAGCUAUUUUCUCAUCCAGUGAGUUCUGUUUAUGUCUGCGCAAGUCAUAAUAGAAAUAAUGAACCAGGUCAGGGCAGAGGAUCAGCCAUACCCGUGCAGCAUGAGAUUGGCGCUGGAAGUGCUGUGGUGUGUAGCUCCAAAGACAACAGCAACCACUGGCUGGAUGUCCAUACUCAUCAGCAUGAUCAUCACACAGGCGCAAACACCAAACCAGACAGCGUGGAUAGAAAUUCUUUUUACAACUCUCAAACCAGAUUAUCACCAAAGUGUGCUUCAUCCCACAAGCCAAACCCCAGGCACUCAACAGUGGCAUCAAAGAGGUUCAGUAACAAACUGGUUGGGCACAGAGAUAGAAAAGGAAUCUCUAAGAAGGAAAAAUUCCCUACAGAAAUAAGCAGCAAUGAGGCUCCUGAGCACAUGGCCGUUGCAACACCCGUUUAUGAAUCAAAGACAACAGCCGGCUACAACUACGGACUGCCACUCACCCUUCCUGCCCCAAACAAAAACAGGCAAUCAGGAGGGCAGCGGAUCAGCGUGUGUGUGAGGAAAAGACCUCUGACACACACAGAGUGCAGGAGGGGAGAGGCAGAUGUUGUGACCACUCCAAGCACAGAGUGUGUGAUUGUCCGUGAAAGCAAAGAGGCUGUGGAUCUCACACAGUACAUAUUACAGCACAGGUUCUACUUUGACCAGGUUUUUGGGGAGGAGACCUCCAACAAGGAAGUGUAUCAAAAAACAGCAUAUCCUCUGGUGCAGCACAUGCUCAAUGGAGGCAAAGCCACCUGCUUUGCAUAUGGCCAGACAGGCGCAGGGAAGACUCACACCAUGUUGGGUUCGUCUCCUGGGAGACCGGGAUUGUACGCACUGGCAGUCCAGGACAUUUUUGCUCACCUCUCCACCACACAUAUGCGCUCCCCCUUGCUGGUGUAUGUCAGUUUUUUUGAAAUCUACUGUGGUCAGCUGUAUGACCUGUUGGACCACAGGAAAAGGUUAUUUGCCAGGGAAGAUGGACAGAAAGUGGUUCACAUUGCUGGGCUGCGUGAUGUCAGAGUAGACUCAGUUAGUUCACUGCUGGAGGUGAUUUCACACGGUACAGAGGAGCGCACACAGGGCAUGAGUGGAGUGAAUCCACUCUCUUCUCGUUCCCACGCCUUGCUUCAGAUACAGCUAAGAGGUCCAAACCAGCAGACAGCCGGAAGAAUGUGGUUUGUGGACCUGGCAGGAAGUGAGAGGGCAUCAGAUACCAAAGAACCCGACAGGCGGAGACGUAUGGAGGGAGCCGAGAUCAACCAGAGUCUGUUGGCACUUAAAGAAUGUAUCAGGUCUCUUGACCAAGAGCAGUCGCACACACCUUUCAGACAAAGCAAACUUACUCAGGUUUUGAAGGACUCAUUUGUUGGGGACUCAAUGACAUGUAUGAUUGCCAACAUUUCACCUGGUCACCUCGCAACUGAACACACACUUAAUACACUGAGAUACGCAGAUCGGGUAAAGGAGUUGAGAGGAGGAGGAGGAGGAUUUCGAGGAGGAAGGAGAGACAGGACAGUGCACUCCCCCAAACGUAGCCUGUCCAACAGCAACAGCAGCAGGGGACCCAGCAGUGUUGGCACUCGAGAAAAAGGUUCCCCUAAAAAGCCAAAGUUAUGGAGACAAAGACAGACUUUUGGCCCCACCACGCCUUCCUCAAGCUUGGCCACAGGAGGUGAAAUUCUCUGCUCGACACCCAAGAGCAGAAAAUGGGGAGAGAAAACAAGUACAAGAGCAAGAAAGGCGAUUGGACUUGAACAAAUUACACCAAUCAGAGGUUUGCUGGGAAUUAACAAUAAGAGGGAGAGCAGGGACAGAGCAAGUGGGAGAGAAGGUAGAAGAAGAGAAACGUAUGGAGGAACUGACAGUGCUGGUCACUCAACUGGUGAUCAAAACAUUGGGACAGGGAUGAAAGGUGGAGAAGAGGGUGAAAGAAGAUGGAUAGAACAGAGAGGACAAGCAGAAAAUAGUAUAGAUGCAUGUGGUGAAGGAGGAAGACUUGGGGAAGGAGAUUUACAAAAGGCUCAUGAAAGGGAUAAGGAGCGUGAGAGGCAUCUGAAACGAUAUCACCAGCAGCUGCAGCAGUUUACUCCCACAUCUGCUUCUUCAUCUGACCAUCAUCUCUUCUCAUCCUCUACAUGUGGGUCUUCUUCUUCUUCCUCUAAUCAGGACUCUCUCUCUUCCUCUUCCUGCGUCUCAGCUUCUGCCCUUGUGUAUCAUGAUUUUGAAGAGUUUUUAGAUGCACACAGAGCCAGCGCUGAGGUUAGGACUGGUGGUAACAGAGGACAGUUAUCUUCCUUCCUUAGUGAAGAGAUUUGCGUACAAACUGAAACCUCUCCCUGCUGCAAGAAAAAUAAGGAUGAGGUCGGUCAUGGUGACUCAGGUGGUAUUAGUGAAGAUUGGAGGGUGUCUUUGAAAGGAGCAGAGGCAGGAUUUGGACAAGUCAGAAGUAAAAAUGAGAGGAUGAGGUCACUGAUGCCAACAGGUGAAAGCAAGGUGAGAGUAAGGAAGGGCGACCUCAGGCCAGCUGGGAUGAAACAAGAAGGGGAGAGGAGGUGGGCUUGGGUGGCGACAACAGAGACAGAACAGACAAACAGGAUGACAGGUGCAAGGCCAGCUGGUGUAGAGCCACAAGUGUCUUGCAACCGUGAUUCAGAAGUGGGCGAGGAGGGACUAGAUGCCUCAUAUGUCUCAGCUGAUGGAGUGUGGAGCACUGAGGAGCAAGAAGGAGCUGAUGGCUAUGCUGUAGUGUCCACCCACAGCAACGAUGGCAGCAACAGCCUCUUUAACCCCCCUCCUGUUGAGUCAUCCCAUCAACGAGCUCCAGCAGAACGGCCCCUUUCCCCACCCUGUGAACAUACCAACACGCUCCUGACCCCAAGUAAACUCAGUGAUCUCUCACUUCCCAGAUGCAAGGCCUCAAACAUCCUGCCUCUACCAAUGCAAAAUGCCCAACAGGGAGUGCCAUCGAUCAGCUGUGGAGAGAAGGAAGAGUGGUUUACCACUAAGGGCAAUAAAGGAAAAGUUUCAAAUGCUCAGUUGUCCACACUAUCUCACAAUAAUUCCAUAACAUGGAAUGGAUGUAAAAUACCUGCUCUGUCCCUUACAGACAACAUAUUGUCUGAAAAUCGAGCUGACAAAGCCAGAAUGUCUGUUGUAACUCAAGGAGAGACUUCUACAGAUUGUCUUAGCUACAUCAUGGACCCUCUCAGCAUCUCCUUGCUUCAAGUGGACCAACAGGCUGCCACAGACUCGUUCCUGCAGGGGGAACAGAACAACUCCUCAAUCUGUCCUCUUGAGAAUGAAAUGAAUGAAAGCAAAGUUGAAGAGGGCGAGGACAUAGAAUUUCACCUGUCUCUUUUGGACCUGCCGCAAGCAAAGACCCACUGCCCUCCCAAAUCUGACUCCAUGACAGCCACUAAUCACCCUGAACGAAAACAAGACGUAUAUUUUGCCACAGACAAACACUGUGGAAUAGAUCCGAUGAGGCCUCAUAUCCCUGAGGUUACGCUGGUCUCUCUCCAGGACCAGGAAAACAAUCAGAAACUACAAACCACACCAGCUAGUGAAGUUGUGGACAACAAAGCCCCUGCAUCCCUCCUUAAAUCCACUGCAUGUGCUUCAAAAGAAACUUCUGCCAUGCAGUCAAUCUCAGCCCCUGUCCAGCACUCUGGGAACUCUGGUUCACCCAACCCACAAAAUCUAAUGGCAAAUGGUGCCACACAAAUGCCACAAGAACACUCACACAGUGUGCACAGUGGACUUACUUUUUCCAUUCCAAACUCGCAGUCGGAAAGUGUCCUGAGCCGGCUGAAAACAUUGCCAAAGCAGUAUCACACAGUAAAUUCAAACCAUUCCAGGAAUUCAACCAUCUCACUCCAGCCCAGCAGUACCACAGAAUCAAAAAGUGAAGAGAGCACCAACAAUCUGCAUAUUAGACCCCUAAUCCAUCUGUCGAUGCUGGAAGACUUUUAUCACUGCCAGUGGCGUGUUGUCCAGGCCCACUGGGAGCAGCUAGAAGAGAUGGAAAAUUUAUCUCGUAAAGAGGGGAUGCUUCUGUGCCAGCAACCUGAUAUGGCAUUUGGAGAGUAUGUCCACAAGCUGGGGGAGAUCAUGGAGAAAAAGGCACAGUGUAUCCACAGCAUGAUAGCUCAGCUGCAGCCACAUCUUAAAACCAGUCAUUCUAACCAACCACACAACCAAGGAAUGGAUAAUCAUGAUUAAAUUACUUGAAUGAAUUUAGUUCAGCCAAUGUCACACUGAAGAAAUGCCAGUUAAUGCACAAUCAUGCUGUUUAGGAGUGCACUAAAUACAGUAUGGAUCAAUGUCAGUAUGUUUAUUUAUUUAUUUUUAAUUAUAUAUAUAUUCACUGGGCAUUGGACAAAUAUCAUUUGAUGUUGCUGAUGAAGAUGAAGAGAUGUGUUACAUGAUGGUUCUGGGGGGUAUAUUUAUUGUUAUGUAAGUGUGUGCUUUCUGCAGAGUGAUGUGCUGUGUGGGGUGUUUUCCUCUCAGAUCCUCAGUGCAGAUGCGUAGCCAUAUAGUAUAUUAUGAAAUUCUGAGUAUCAGUUCAUACUCCUUUUGUUCUUUGAAUCACAAUUUGUUAAGUUCAUCACGAUCGAAACGUAUACUGUUGAAACUUGGAUAACCAUUGGUGUUGGGCUCAACGCCUUGAAUAUCCAUUAUUCUGUUAUUUAUUUACUUUAUUACAUUUAAUUUAAGUUAAUACAGCGGGGUUAUAUGUUUUUGCAAGCCCAGCCUCUGGAGUUUCUCCUAGGAUCAACCUGACCAUUUGUUCUCUUGAUCUUUCUACCUAGAUCUUGAGUUUUCUCCAUGAAAAUCUCAGCACAUGAUGAUUUUGAGACAAGAUCUUGAAUUGAACUUGAGGUGUUCGGUUUUCCUGUUUUACAUUUUUUAGUCUCCUGAUGAAACAUUGUGAUACUUGUAAUGCAAUGAAACUACUGAUAUAGUUUCAGUUUUCAUCUGAGUCAUGAAAACUACUUGGUAUUUGAAACACAGCUUUAAGGGUUUAACAAUGAAUGAAGCUGGCUUAACGAUUAGAUCAUGGUAUGUUGUAUUGCGACAUGUUUAUCUUAGACAAUGGGCGAUUUGAUUUUUAUUUUCUGACUGUGAUACUUGCUGUGCAGAUAUGUUGUUUUACCCACCCUGUUAGCCUAUUAAAAUGUACCAUCCCUUUUUUUGUAAAUGCAUUUGUUCCACAUAAAGCUAUGAGUAACAGACUGAAUCAAACAAGAAAAUGAGAACACUUUGAAUUUUAAAGGUUCACUUCACUUAGUAGGCUAUUACGUAAUCAAAGGAUACAAUCUGCUUCAAAAAAAGGAAAGAAAAAACUCUUCCGUAGCUUAGACAUUAAAUGAAAGAAUAACCCGUCAUAG